AUGUACACUGACGUCAAUGGGAAUACUAUCCAGUCAAACCAGUUCUCUGUGACAGAACACUUCAGGACAGGAGAUGUGGGCCAUCUGCAAUCGCUCCCUGGAGUUUUUUUCUUCUACGACCUUUCCCCAAUUAAGGUUACUUUUACAGAACAACAUGUAUCAUUCUUACAUUUUCUUACUAAUGUGUGCGCCAUAGUUGGAGGUGUUUUCACUGUUUCUGGAAUACUAGAUUCAUUUAUCUAUCAUGGCCAAAAGGCUAUCAAGAAGAAGAUGGAACUUGGUAAAUUUAACUGA